GAAUAACUCGCACGUGUCUCACAAUGGAUGAUAAUCUAGGAGUUUCUUCAUCACGUGGAGGGAAACGAUCUUCAAAGCUUCAGUUGUUGACGUAAUAAAGUAUUCGUCAUCUUCCUGUCACUGACGUGCAGUAUGAUGAUAACUUAUUCUUCUUUCAGCUUCCGGUCCCGGCGGUUACAACAUGGUACCAACAUCACAGGGGCAGAUCAUCAGUCCUCCACCUGGUGCAGCGCCACCGAGUGACGGUCUUUACAACAUGAGUAUGAACGGUGGCGACUCUUAUCAACCAGUCUCCACCAUGGGAGCGAACGUCCAGUCACAAGCGAACGCCCUAAGGCACGUGAUCACCCAGACGGGAGGCUACACGGAGGCCCUGACGGCACAGCCAGCAGCGAGCAUGUACAGCCACCAGGUACAAUUGUGACAAAAUGUAUGCAUACAUACAAUUUUUAUCUCCUAAAUGUAUCAAAUGAGAAUGUUCGUUGUAAUCA